CUGAGGGGAACGGUUGGCUUAAGAUAGUGAAUAUAUGUACUUUAGGAAAAAACACUGAGUCAUAUUAUUCAUGUAUUCGAUAUCCCUUCAAUUUGCGUGCCUGGCAGUGACCUUUGGCCUAGGUUCGGGCCAAAUCUGGCCCAGAAAUGUUUGCAGUAACCCAGAGAGGGUUACAUAUAAUCAUAGAGUUAUGAAGUUUAAACAGGUGCCUUAUCAACAGUAUUCAUAUUUCGGAGGCUGGCAGACAAAGUAUAGGCAAGAGCCUGUAUGGGAAACCGAGGUUGCCUACAGAUUUGAGCCGAAGUACAGCUGCUGUAGCGGCUACGAGGGAUCCAUCUACGACUGCAAGCCCUCCUGCAAGAACAAGUGUCCUGUCAACGGUUUCUGCGUGGCUCCCGAUCAAUGUAGCUGCAACGGGGGUUACGGCGGAUCCGAUUGCCAGCCAAUUUGUGAGUCGCCUUGUGGCAAGAACGAGUUUUGCGAGCGACCCGGCGAGUGCAGCUGCCAAAGUGGCUACCAUCGAAGUUCUGCCCAUGAAAAUUGCCUUCCCGUUUGCGCCGACGGCUGUGGAGAUCAUGGCUUCUGUUCCGAGCCUGGCAAAUGCGAGUGCCAGCCCUCGUAUGAAAAGCUGGAAAAUGGCACUGAUUGUCUGCCAGUUUGCGACCCGAAAUGUGGCCAAAACUCCUACUGUCAGGAGCCGCAGUUGUGCACCUGCUUGGAAGGCUACAAGGCCGAUGAGCAAGGCACUUGCUCACCCAUCUGCCAGGAGGAUUGUGGUCCCAACAGUCGGUGCUCGAAGCCAGGGUUCUGCGAGUGUGAGCAGGGAUAUGCCGGUGACGAAAGAGGAGCCAAUUGCCAGCCAGUUUGCGCCAGUUGCCCGGAGAAUGCAAAGUGCCUAAGUCCCAGCAACUGCAUCUGCAAUCCCGGCUACGUGAUGAAGGACAAUCGCUGCGAACCGCAUUGCGAGGAAGAUUGCUCGGACUAUGGACACUGUGUGGCGCCCAAUCAGUGCGAAUGCUAUGAGGGUCAUGAAGAGACGGGGGAGGACAGGAAAUGCGCCCCCAAGUGCUCCAAGGGAUGCCCAAAUGGGGUCUGUUAUUCCCCGGAAAUGUGCGUCUGCAAUCCUGGCUACCUGAUGGGACCCAAUAGUGUCUGUGAGCCGCGCUGCAGCCUCAACUGUGUCCACGGAAAAUGCACCCAGCCGGAUACUUGCUCCUGCGAUCCGGGCUAUCGAUUUGAGGAGAACUCCACUCAUGUUUGCCAGGCGAUCUGCGAUAGCGGCUGCAAGAAUGGUGAUUGCAUGGCUCCCAAUAUUUGCAUAUGCCAUGUGGGAUAUCAGCCAAACGACACGAAUCCUGCGACUUCUGUGUGCAAGCCUCAAUGUGCCGAGGGCUGUGAGUUUGGAGAUUGCGUGGCGCCUCAAGAGUGCCUUUGCUGGAGGGGCUACGAGAAAAUCAAUGGGGUUUGCAAGCCACAGACCACGACUUCCACUUCCACCUCUACGACAGAAGCUCAAAGGACAACCCCAAAAACAGAAGUCACAUCAUCCACCGAAGUCCUGCGAGUUCAUCACUCAAACUGCACUGGUGGUUGCUAUUGCUGGAUCGAGUACGAUGAGGAGGGUACCUUCAAUACGGCCAAGUGCGCCAAGAUCUGUGUGGAUCCUCAGGACCAACCCUGCCUGAAUUUGGAUAACUGCCACUGUGAUCCACCGAGCGGCCAGUUGGUUUGCAAAGAAGACAGUAGUGAGGAUGGCAGCUCAGAGGAGUCGCAUUUCGUGUGCAAAAUACAGCAGCAGGGCAAGAAAGCAAGAUCGGAGGCUGAGGUCAGAGUUCCUGAGAACAGCACCGCAUCGUCCACCAAAUGGAUGGUCAUCAUGGGCUCCUUUGCUGGAAUCAUCCUUGGUGCAGCCCUCGCAGUUGUGGCCGCAAAGUACUAUCGACGUUCUACCUCCAGGCGAGAUUACGAAGCCGACGAACGCAUCUAUGAAACUGAAUUUGAAUAG